AUGACUGACCCUACCAUACAAGAACUAGAGGAAGAAAACAAAGCCUUACGAGAGAAAAACCAGGAGUUGACUGGGAAGUUAGCACUAUCUGGGAAUGACAUGAAGGGAGUUUUGCAAACUCUGAGAUAUACAGAGGAUGAUGGGCAAUUCCAAGUAUGGGAGCGUAUAGCACAGUCUUGUCCUAGUUGGGCAACUAGUUCAUCUAUAGACCGGCUGAAAACUAUAUUGUAUAACCCAAAGUCUAUGUACCUGGAUCGGUUAAGGCAAAUUUCAAAUAAGAUCAUUCUGCUAAUAUCGUCUUUGUUAGAGUUAAGUUGUGAACAACCAGAAUCGGAAGAUUUAAAGUGGGAGAAUGUGCGAGCGAAACUCUUAGAUAUCUUUCUAGAUCUAACGCCAGAAAGAACAUGGAAAUGGAUUAGUCCGAAACUGUAUCCAGAUUUGAACGCCUGGUGUGGAAGUAUGCUUUAUGAUAUAGCUACUCAGAAAGUUACAUGGGCUAGGUUCAUAGGCGAGAUAAACAAAAAUGCACCCCAUCCAAGACUAGUUCAAGUGUUUAACCCUGCGGUAGAAGAAAGACAGAGGUUUGAAGAAAUCUGUUAUGAUAUCUACUUAAGGGAGCAGAAAGUAUCCUAUCGUAACAACUUCCAUCGGAACAAGCCAAAGUCGCACAGAUAA